AUGGAAGAUGGUUUUGAAAAGAUAAGCAGUAUGUUUGGUGGGUAUGAAACAAGGCUCAAGGCUAUGGAAUUGUUUGUGAACUCUCAGGGAUGGAAUGAUAGGAAUGAUUUUGGUGUUGAUGAAUAUCGUCCUCGAUCUAGGUUUUGGAAUGAUGGUGAUUGCUCUGGUGGUGGUAGUGGACAGAAGAAUCCAUUAGAGAAGGAUCUGAAGACUGGACUAGAGAAGGAUCCAUAUGAGAAGGAUCCAUAUGAGAAGGAUCCAUUUGAGAAGGAUCCAUCUGAUAAGGAUCCAGAGAGUAGAGUGGAGAAGGAGACACAGGCAAAAGCUGAAGUGAAGAAGGAAGCCGAGAAAUUUGUGGAGAGUGGAGGGAUAAGGAGGGAGAGGCAGAAGCUGAGAAGGGGGAAGGGAGUGAAAUGGAGAAGGAGCCAGAGGCAGAAGCUUAGAAGGGGGAGGGGAGUGAAGUGGAGAAAGAGUCAGAGGCAGAAGCUGAGAAGGGGGAGGGGAGUGAACAGCACUAAGGACUCCUUACAUGGCCCCGAAGUCACCAAAGAAGAAGAAGAUGAAUUGAAGAACUGA